UUCCAAUCUCCCUGCAGCACCCACCGCCAUCCAAAACACCACGCUUUCUAUCAUCGCCGCUGCCGAUAAACCUGUGCUGAGCAUCACAAAGCACCACACAUAAAGGAAUCAUCGGCAUUUUUGUCGGUUGUUGCCGUAACCAUGGGUGCUUGUAGCUCUUCCUGCUGCGGAGGCCGAUCGCGAGACAGCCUCUAUGAGCCCGUUCUUGCCGACAGCGAACGCGAAGCCGUCGCGGACCUUCUUCAGUUUUUAGAAAACCGUGGCGAAACCGACUUCUUCUCAGGCGAACCUCUCCGCGCCCUCAGCACUCUAGUAUUCUCGGAAAACAUCGACCUGCAGCGUAGUGCCAGUUUGACGUUUGCCGAAAUCACCGAACGAGAUGUACGCGAAGUCGACCGUGAUACCUUGGAGCCCAUCCUGUUCCUCCUGCAAAGCCCCGAUAUCGAAGUCCAAAGAGCCGCCAGUGCCGCUCUCGGUAACCUCGCAGUUAAUACCGAAAAUAAGGUUCUUAUUGUUCAGCUCGGCGGCUUGACACCGCUCAUUCGACAAAUGCUGUCACCAAACGUCGAAGUACAAUGCAACGCUGUUGGAUGCAUCACAAACCUCGCCACACACGAAGAGAACAAGGCCAAGAUUGCGCGCUCCGGAGCCCUUGGACCUCUGACGAGAUUGGCCAAAUCAAGAGACAUGCGAGUCCAGAGAAAUGCUACUGGCGCUCUUCUCAACAUGACACAUUCUGAUGAGAACCGCCAACAGCUUGUCAAUGCAGGCGCUAUUCCUGUGCUCGUCCAACUUCUAUCCUCCUCCGACGUUGAUGUCCAGUACUAUUGCACAACUGCCCUCAGCAACAUUGCCGUCGAUGGUAGCAACAGACGCAAGCUCGCAUCCUCCGAACCCAAGCUUGUCCAGCAUCUUGUCAACCUCAUGGACUCGUCCUCCCCCAAGGUGCAGUGCCAGGCGGCACUGGCCCUUCGAAACCUCGCCUCGGACGAAAAAUAUCAGCUCGACAUUGUCCGUGCUAACGGUCUUCAGCCGCUCCUCCGUCUCUUGCAGUCUUCCUACCUUCCUCUGAUCCUCUCCGCCGUUGCCUGCAUCCGCAACAUUUCUAUUCACCCCAUGAACGAGUCGCCUAUUAUCGAAGCCAACUUUUUGAAGCCUCUGGUUGACCUGCUCGGCUCAACUGAUAAUGAGGAAAUUCAGUGCCACGCUAUUUCCACACUGCGCAACCUUGCCGCAAGCUCCGACCGAAACAAGGCCCUCGUAUUGGAUGCUGGUGCCGUCCAGAAAUGCAAGCAGCUGGUUCUUGACGUACCGGUUACUGUGCAGUCCGAAAUGACUGCCGCGAUUGCUGUUCUGGCGCUUAGCGACGACUUGAAAUCGCAUCUUCUCAACCUCGGCGUCUGUGAUGUUCUGAUUCCCUUGACUCACUCCCCUAGCAUUGAAGUACAAGGAAACAGCGCUGCGGCUUUGGGUAACCUCUCAUCAAAGGUUGGCGAUUACUCUAUUUUCGUACAGAACUGGAACGAGCCCAACGGCGGCAUCCACGGUUAUCUCUGCCGAUUCCUCCAAUCUGGCGAUGCCACAUUCCAACACAUUGCCGUCUGGACUCUGCUCCAACUCUUCGAGUCUGAGGACAAGGCACUAAUCGGUCUUAUCGGUAAAGCUGACGAUAUUAUCGAACAAAUCAGAAAUAUUGCAAACCGCCAAGUCGAAUCCGAAGCCCAGUUUGAAGAGGAGGAUGAGGGCGAAGUUGUCAACCUGGCCCAACGUUGUCUGGAGCUGCUCGGCCAAAGCAUGUCGAAAGCCCAUAUCGAGGGCUAAGACAGACGUCGUCAGCAAACAGCAUCGGCUUCUAUGAUUGACACUAGCGAUGUGUUUAGAAGCCCUGGGUCAUACUUUGCUCUUCCUUUUGCAACAGGGGACAUCACAGAACAGCAAUGGGUGUUCGGGCGUUUUGCAUUUCGGCAGCGAGCGUGUUUGAAGCGACGGUAUCAUUUUAACCGUUUGUAAAUCACAUGCCUUGACAGACUGCAUCUUUUUUUUCUCUCCUCCAAAGCAAUCCUCUUACCGAAGACGGGGAGGUUGCGAUUUUCCUUAUUAAUUGUUUACCUUUUUCUCUUUCUCGAAGGCCAUCUAUCCCGUGUAAGAGCACUAUGUUGGCUACGCUCAACUACGUGUCCGCAAGGGUUGGGGAGUUUCGAAGUAUUGGCCGCGGCUCAGAAUGGAUGGCAUAUCUGGCUGGUAGCCGCCGCUGUAUAAUCUUGUCAACAUAGCAUUUGUUAUUGUUUAUUGGUCUCGAAGGGUUCGGACAGUAAGGUAACGCAUAAUGAUAGCAUUAUGCUGGUGGAAGAUGCAAAUAUUUAUAAAUUCUAGUAUAUCCUUGAACCCAGUUUGCUCCGUGAACUCCGAUAGUAGUCAACCCAGUAUGAAAAGUGACAUAUUGUACAGUGAUAACACAAGGUGAGUUUGUGUAAUUAGGCAUCGUAGUUGCCUGAACCUUCGAAGCCACUUCCAAACCAUUGGCGAUCCCUCCAAGGUAGGACGCGGGCGACAAUCUUGCCCUGAAUCAAGGCCAACGGAAGCGGACCAAAGACGCGAGAGUCUCGAGAUGCAGGCAGGUUGUCUCCAACAAUCCAGCAAUGGCCUUCUGGGACCUGUAUAUUUUGCGUUAGUAAGUUGAUAUCGCAGAAGCAGUUGUCUUAAGCAACGUACCUGUAUCAUUUGAUCAUCCCCAGGCUCUUCCGGUGUCCCCAGCAUCACAUAGUCGCCAGGCAUGCCCACAACGCGCUUGACUCCGUUCUGGUGUGCAAACAGCGGGAUCUUGUAGAGUACCAGAUCACCAACUUGGACGUUGCGCCCUAGGCGAUAUCUCAUAUCCGCUGCAAUCCAUUCUCCAUCCACCGCAAAAGUCGGCAGCAUUGAAGGGCCCUGCGCCGGCGAUACCUGGAAGAGGUUGGUGAAUGUGAGAUGGGUUAAGCAGGAGAUCUUGAGGGUGGAUAUGGCGAGGCGCAGCGGGUGCCCCAGAAAGUGGGACAUGGCGAAGAGAGAAGAAGUUUAGUAUGCGUUUGCUAUUGUACCAUUAUUUCUCUGUAUUUUAUUUAGUCGUGCAAUCGAUGGGCAGCA